CAGCACACAAGGGCGGCUCCAGCACACUUUCUCUGCACAGAGCAAGAAACAUAUAAUUAAUCCGAAUCAUGCCUGAACCAGCCAAGUCCGCUCCGGCGCCCAAGAAGGGCUCCAAGAAAGCCGUGACCAAGAGCCAGAAGAAGGAUGGCAAGAAACGGAGGAAGAGCAGGAAGGAGAGUUAUGCCAUCUACGUGUACAAGGUGCUCAAGCAGGUCCACCCCGACACCGGCAUCUCCUCCAAGGCCAUGGGCAUCAUGAACUCCUUUGUCAAUGACAUCUUCGAGCGCAUCGCCGGAGAAUCUUCCCGCCUGGCUCAUUACAACAAGCGCCGCACCAUCACCUCCCGGGAGAUCCAGACCGCCGUCCGCCUCCUCCUGCCCGGAGAGCUGGCCAAGCACGCCGUCUCCGAGGGCACCAAGGCCGUCACCAAGUACACCAGCGCCAAGUAAUCCCCCAUCAUCAUCAUCCCAACACAAGACACAAAGGCUCUUCUAAGAGCCACCCA